UCAUGGGCGAUAGUCGCGCGCAGCGUAUUAUGAACAACGGGCAGACGACAUUUUCCAUGGCAGGUCCACUAUAUCACUGCGGUGCUAAGGUUGCCGCCCUGCGUGGAUAGUGAGCGCUACCCUAUCCCCUGGCUACACAGAGAACAGGCUAGGAACAAGACAUCUUAUGGCAUCCGUUGAAGAUUCUGAUGGGGAAUCGACCAAAGUUCUGUCGCCAUUACACAGGAGUGCUGAAGAAUUAGAAAAACAGUUUCAUUUGCUGAAGUCAUUCGGGGGAUCCACCAGUAGUGUAGAGAAGAGAAAUAUUUUCCUGGAGGAGGAGCGUUUCCUGGAGACAUUUCUCAGGUGUCUGAUCUGUCGGGAACUAUAUGACCUUUCUGAUCGACCUCCGAAGAUUUUGCCUUGCCACCAUUCCUUGUGCCUACAGUGUACCUUGAAACUUUAUCAGGGGGAAGUGGACUAUCAUAAGGGACAGACACACGGGUUUGUUCCAGUAGCCGUCAGUAUUGUCUGCCCAACGUGCCGGAAACACUUUAUCUCGCAGGAAGAAGGGCUACGCCAGCUUCCGACCGACCAUCGUGUGAUACAGCUUAUUGACUUUGUAAGGAACACUGACGUUCAAAUUAUACAAUACUGUACAAAACAUCAGCAUCAGCACCUGAACUUCUUCUGUGAACAUUGCUGCUAUUUAGUGUGUCGGGAUUGUACUAUACUCGAUCAUAAAGAGAGUGAUGGUCACAUCGUUUUAGAUAUUGAUACAGCGGUAAAUAAGUACGUCCAGGUCUUAGACAACGCCAUGGCUGAGCUACAGUCACAAAACACUGAAUUGAAGGAGAAACGUGUUACUGUGGAAAAGGCAAUAGAUACAAUGACUCGGGCGGAGGAGGGGUUGACAGAAAAUAUACGAGAGUCUUUCAAUCGACUUAGAGAACUUUUAGAGGAGAGAGAGAAAGAACUACUUGGAAUGGCUGCACUAAGUGUAAAUACUGAAAAAGAAAAGUUGAAAGAAAAAAUUGUCGAAAUUGAGGACAGGUGCAAAGUUAUUGACGAAAAGUGUGAGGAACUGCAGUCUGCAAAAGCAGAGAAAAAUGUUGACAAACUGUAUAAGGCUCAAGAGGAGACAAAAACUGUUAAAGAAAUGCCAGCCAUAGGUAUAGAGGAUGUUGAUUCAUGUAUUCAGACUCAGUUUUCAUUCAAUGAUAGAGACGAGAAAUAUCUGUCAACCCGAAUAAAGAAUUACGGUGAAGUUGAUAGCUGUACUCAGAUUGAGACUACGAAACCUGCUAGUUCAUCGACCAGCACCUACAGUUCAUCGUAUGCAAAGUACGGGAGCGCUACGUACGGAGGAUCGACAUCCUACAACAGGUACAACCCGAGUUCCUAUUCCACUAGCUCUGUGUAUGGCUACGGUAGUGGGAAGUCAUACUACAGACCUUAAGAUGUCUGCGUACCGGCAUCACUGUUUACGAUAUUGGUGGAAUGACUGAGGUGAAUGUGGACCAACAGUCAAUCAGAACAGCUGUACAAUCUGGUGUUAUAUUAUCACAUAUAAAACUUUCUCAACUGGGACUGAAAAUGUAUCAUUGAAGAUAUUACAUUCCUAUAUUGAUAAUAUCGCCUGCAUCUGACCAAGCUUAUGAGAAGGGCUACAGCUAACAAAAGUAAUAUAAUAUAAUUUAGUUCAAAAAUAAUACAGCUUCUGUCCUUUUAUCCCUUGGUUUCUGUAAACUAUAUCUAUGUUUAAAAUAUGUUUUUUUUAGUCUGACUAUAAUAUAUGGUCUCUUGUUCAAUUAUGAUACGGUUUCUUAAGUUCAACUAUUAAAUGGAUUGGGAAUUAAUUCCUAUAGUUUAAUCUAAAUAUGGUUUCUGUUCAACUAAAGAAGGUUUCUUGAGUUUUUUUUUUUUUAGUUCAGCUGUAAUACAGUUUUGUUCGAUUUUCAUGCAAUUUAUUAAGGUUUAUUUAGUUCAACUAUUACAUGUUAUUUGAUUUGAUAUAAUUCUUGAGUAAAACUUGUGUGGUCUCUAAAUUAAUGAUACAGUUUCUUUAUUUCAAAUAUAAUAUGGUUUCUAUGACAUGAACAUUCCUUAAAACUAGCUAACAUUGGUUCAUUAUAUGUAUACAUGCUUUACAUUUAUAAUCUAUGUCAAUAAGUGUCAUAAUUCAAUCGAAAUAAUAAGGAAGUUGUACUUGUUUAAUAUGCAUUGAAAUGAACAAAUGGUUACAAUUUAUGAAGAUAUAAAAAUAUGUAAUAAUAUUGCUCGACUUCAUGUGUUAUGCAAUUAAUUGAACGAAGGCCUGUUUAAAUUUUAAGGGGAGAUACAUGUUUCUAUAAAUAUAUAUACCGGUAAUAUGCAAAAAAACUAAAUUACAAAAAUAUUGUGGAGAAAUUUCAAUAACUCUUGUAUUAUAAUAUGCAAUAAAUAUAGGUCAAAUGGUAUUUGUUAGUCUGAGAAAUUAAACAGUGUAGAUUCUAUGUUCACUUAUUAUUGUGUACUAGCUAUAUAGGAGUGGUUCUGUCAAUGCAGUGAUGCCAUGUACACCAGUUAUAUCAUGUUCCCCGUGGUUAAUUUUGUCCCUCAUAGUGAAGACACUAUGGUAUUUAUGCUGUGAACUAAUUCUCACCAGCUUGAUCAAUUAAAUCUGUCUUAAUUACCUAUAGUGGUGAAAGGGUUAACUUGAUGGUAUUGUUAAUACCUUAAACAGAAUAUUACCUGGUAAAUGUUUCACCAUUGUUUUUCUACCAGAUGAUUGUACUUUUGUUCCAGUAGAAAUUACUGUAUUUAUCCUGCAGUAAGCCCAUGGUGCCAACACUCGUCUCCCACUCAAAGUAGUUAGGUGGGCUUAUUACAGGACAAUGCAAUCCCAUAGUUGGCAUUAUUACCAGCCAUGGGCUUUUGCUGGAUAGUUAUGGUAUAUGUGUGUAAUAUUGUAUUAUUUUGAAUUGACCAGAACAACUUUUACAGGUCAUUGUCAAUGUUUUUCUCAAUGCUAAUGGCAAUCCAAUUGUCUGCAUCAACUUUUCACAAAAUUAACUUUUUUGAUUGAAUAAAUUCAAAGGUGUAGAUCUAAUUAACAUAGUUGUUCUAAUGAGCAUGCUCAGCUUACAAGCUCAUGGGAACAACAGAGUACUAGAGAAAAGCAGGUUAGAUGUGGAUCAAAUGAUAUUUAAUGAGUAAAUAAUUAUAUAAGUUUAAAAGUACAAGUACGUAGAGACAUGAAAACUCCCAGUCGAGUGUGACAAUUAGAUUUGUUUAAAUGAGGUCCACUGUUUAGUAUACCAUUAUGCAAACUUUUAGAAAUCCCUAUUUCAUCAUCCAAAACAUUUUGUAAACAUUCAUAUUCGAAUAAAUGUGUUCCAUCGAACUUGAUAUGUGUUUUACGUUUAAAUAAAAUAUUAUUUAAAUCAGGUGAAAAAUGUUUGGCCCAUUGGGCAUAUUUCUUGUUAAAGAGUUAAACAUCCUGAUUCUCCAGGGGUUACGAUCAGUUACGCUCUCUGCACCCAUGGAAUAUGUCGCAGCAAAACUGAAGACAUGUGGCUAGCUUUUCGAUUGGUCUUCAGUAAAAAAACACCUGACCAAUUGCUAGUCUGAUACCUGUCCUUUGAAGAUUAUAGGAGUAACACCUGACUGCAAAGCCAGUCAAUUUUACCUUUAUGCUGAGAGAGAUUCUUUUGAUGUACAUCAGAGGAUCAAACUAGUCAUCUCAU